AUGCAGCCUGCGCUCGGCCGGGCAAGACAUAAGCAAAGAUUGCAAGUACUUGAGCAAAUCGCCGUAUCUGCUCUCCAAAACCAAGACGCUCAGGACCUAGAGGGCGUGAUCGGGCCAGCAGUCGUGCCAACACUAGCCGCCUCUUCCUCUACCUCCGCCCCCGCCGCCUCUAAAGUCUCCUCGCCGACAGAAGCCGGCCCCGAAAGCACGUCGAGAUCAGCGAGCUCGCCAGAGCGCCUCACCGCCGAUGUCUACCACAUCCUGCGACCUCUAUCCGAAGACGACUCGUCCAAAUACUACAGGGUCGUCGCUCGCGAGGACUUCGCCAUCCGCGAUGUCGUCAAGUACGGCCUCAUCGCCAUGGGUUACGCCAUGACCCCAGAGCUCUUUCAUUGCGCCACCUCCCUCCCCUUCCGUCACUGGGCGGAGCUGGUCCAGGCCAACUAUGCCGGCAUCGACAUCACGCGAGCCGUGUCCGCGGGGGUCCAGUUCUUGUCUCAGCUCAACCCGCCAGCGGAAUGGCCUCCGGCCGAAUGGUACAGUUCCCCGUGCCCGAGGCUCAACACAAAUACCAUCACGAUACGAGGCAUGUCCUUUGCUGCCGCCAUGCUGACGAAUGCGGCGCAGCUGCGGAUUCCAUCCGAGGCCCUCAUGGACGACGAGGCUCAGUCCCGCUUCUACUCGGCCGGGUCCGGAACCAGCGAGCUCGAGGAGGACAUGAGGCGCAACAGGAUGCGUUUGGCAGUGGACCUCAGACCGACAGCCACGCAACGAAGGGUACCGCACCACCCCUGCUUCGACCUCGUUCCCUGGGCCUCGUUUCGCUCCAACAUACUAGACGCCGUCUCCCUCGAGCCGCCGCUGGUAGACGACGACGACCUCUGUCUCGACAUGUUCGGUGGCGGGUUACGGUGCUGGGGCUCUACCUAUGGUUCGGUGCACGGCCACGGGCAGGGCGUUCCAUGGGACUCGCGCAGUUGGGAGGCUAUGCCGUGGUUCUUGGAGAAGUGGGCGGUCCUGACGGGAGGUGAGGAGGAUGAGGCACAGAGGAACAGCGCCUGGUGGAGGGCCAUGCGAGAAGGCGAGGGUGACGAGAUGGAGAGGUGGCCACACUUUUGA